AUGAAGAAAAAUGGAAAGGGAGAGAAAGAGAAGAGAAAUUAUGAACCAUGUCCGAAACCACGGGUGAUCCGUGGUGAUCGACAAAUCUGGCGACGAAGGGAGAAUUAUCAAGCACAACUAGGAAAGGCAAAAAACAUCAUAGCAACAGACAAUCCAAAGUGGCCGGAGAAUGAACGUCGGGAAAAGGCGCGUUUGGUCAAUCAAAGACGGUCGUGCUUUUUGUGUUUUACUGGUUCAUUCGGUGGAACAAACGGGCGGGGGGGGGGAAGAGAUCCGAAUCAUGAACAAACAGAGGUAGACAAAGCGGGCAAUCGGAACACAACAUCACCAACACAGAUUGGAAGCCACGGGUGCGGGGAGAAUGCAAAAAUACAGGGUACAUAG